AUGAAGAUCAAUGCUUCACCGAGCCCGAGCCCCUCUGAGGUCGGCGGAGGAUAUGCGACACGAAGAGGACAUGUGCCUCAUCUGUCGAUAAGUGACCCGAGUCACCACGUCACGGAAGCCAUCGGCCACAUGUACGAAGAUGAUUACGACAAGCGGGAAUCGAAACGCCUCAGCUACCUUCCCUCCCCUCUGACCGACACCAUCUCGAUUAUCCCCCCGAAACUCGCCGGUGCCGAAUCGCCCUCCUCACCGCAAUCGCUCCAAGUACAAAGCCAUCUAAAUGAAAUAAACAACAAUAGACAAACAAAUGGACAGUCUCGCCCGUCCGCGGGUGCCAAAUCUUUGGAUAAUACCAGCCCAACCUCCCCCAGCUCAACCACCUCCCCUGGAUCGACCGACACCGCCACCACCUCCUUCCCGCUGAACGAUAUCGACUACGAAUCCGACCCGGCCGCCGUAGCCCAGGAGCUCAACAAUUUGGCCGCCAUUCGGCGGAUGUCCAUGGAUGUAGCAGCCACGGGCGACCCCGACCUUCCCAGCUUUAACCCCAACCUCUCCGUACCGUCAAUGGCUCCCUCGCCUUCCGCCGAUGAAAAUGACGCCUCCCGGCUCUUCUGGGUGCCGGCCCGACUGCAUCCGGAGCUGGCUCCUAAAGAAUUCAAGUCCUUCCUGGAAAGUAAAGCCGAUCAUAUUAAGCGGAAAUCGGGCGAUUACUCGACCCUGGGUCCGGAGCGUCAAGGGUCAACUGGAGGUCUUCGGCGAAAGAAAUCCAUGUUGUCCAGACAGAUUGACUCCUCUCAGGGCUACACAGACGGUGCGGAGCGGCUCGAGAGGAAGCGGUCAAAAUCCUCCAAGGGGGACGGCCCCAAUCUGCUGGAACUGGAGACUUUGGUGGACGACUCGAUCCCUCGAAGCGCCAGUUCGUCCCUUUUGAGCGAGAUGCGGAACCUCGACGUCUCCGAAGAGGAUCGGCCUAUUCUCCCCCCAGCGCCUCCCGGCCACAGCCUCAGACGGUCUACGAGAACCCAAUACAGAAAAGCCGGCAGUUUGAAAAAGGGCGAGAAGGCUCCAUACUCCAAACGUCUGGGGCGAACAUCGGACUCCAGCGAAGGUGCCUCGCCAUUCAUGGGAGAGGUGGGCCUGUCCCGGGUGUCGACCGAUCCCACUCCCAGUGCAACGCGCGCCCAAGCUUUAGCGAAGACGGCGCAGCCAACGGCCAGCGCUUCCGACGAGCCUGUCAGCUCUGCCGUGGGGUCAAACCCAGAACAGCAACACUUUGCCAAUGAACCCUCGGAUGAAUCGUCUGCAGAGUCUAGGAAUAGGUCAGGUUCCCAGUCGCAAUCUCGUCAAUGGCAUUCCCGAAUCAGUUCCAACGGACGAUCCACGCUGCAUAUAUCUCCGACCGAACAGAAGAUACCCGAGAUUAUCGAAACGCCGCCGCUGGAGAGCACCGCCCCACCAGAACUCGCUUCCCCCCAGUCGACCACCAUCCCCAGCCGAGGAUCUUCCUACGAUCCGCCCCCAUCUGCGCCGCCUGCAAAGGUCCAGACGGCUUACGACCAGCCCUCAUCCAAACGAUCCCAGCACAGCCGUUCGCAUGGCAAAGAGAGUACGCAGACGUUUAACGAAUUCGCCAGCACCCCUCAGGCUCUCCCAGGAAACACGACCCGGACAGAUAGCCUUUCGUUUAUCCCUACAUUCUCAGACGAUCGAAAGUCAGAGACCAAGUCCGAAACCAAGUCCGAAAGCAAGAAAUCCAAGGACAAGAAGGACUCGGAAGGCGGCCGCAAAUCGAGCUGGCACUGGCUGCUCGGCUCGGAAGACAAAGAGAAAGAAAAGGACAAGAAGAAGGACAAGGACGACUCAAAGAAAAUCAAAUCCAAAAUUGUGGAUAAGGUUCAUGAGACGGCGCAUUCCUUGCCCAUAUCCGGCGACUCCAACCAACGUGGACGCGAAAGUAUCGUGGUGGACCGGCUUGACCCCAAGCUAGAAGAAGAGCGUCGGAAAGACCACGUCCGAAGGACGUCUGGCGAGUCAAAGAAGGAGAAGGAAUCCGGGUUGUUCUCCUCUAUCUUCGGCGGUGGCCGCAAGAAGGCCAGUGGAGAUAGCCACCACAAGAAGAGUGCAUCUCGGACUCUAUCGCCUGACCCGCCCGUCCGCGAACUCCGACCGGAUGUCGACUUCCCAUGGACUCGGUUCUCCAUCCUGGAAGAAAGGGCUAUCUACCGGAUGGCCCACAUCAAGCUUGCGAACCCACGGCGUGCGCUAUAUUCCCAAGUCCUCCUUAGUAAUUUCAUGUACUCGUACCUGGCCAAGGUGCAGCAGAUGCAUCCUCUGAUGCUUGCCUCGUCGGCGCAACAGAGGCAGCAGAAGACCCAGGCCGAGGAAUAUCUUCAGUAUCAGCGAUACCAAGAGGCACAGGAGCAACAACAGUAUAGCGAUGGCGGCUCCUAUGACGACCAUCAGAUGUAUGAUUAUCAUGAUGAUCCGCAUGACCAAUACCGGACACAGUCGCGGGGUGGCAAGCAAGGAUAUGAGAACGGAAAUGUAUAUGGACCAGGACAUCAUCAGUACGGGCACUCGUCGUUUGGCGACGACGCUCAGCUCGACGACGACGACGAUGAUAUGUGGUGA